AUGGUUUCGCAGAUAAUGGCGCCAUGGACGCCGUCGUUCGCCUCCCUCAUGUCCAGCCAACAGGCAACAGGAUUGCCCGCAACAUUUUCGUUUUCUAACGUUGGAGCUGAUAAUUUGCCUCAUGUUCGUACGUGCGUUUUCCGUGGGUUCCUGUUCGAUGACAAGAAAACCAAUGUGCUCACGUUCACCACGGAUAGACGCAUGAUGAAGCUGAAGGACCUGGAGAAAAACAGUGUGUUUGAGGCUUGUUUCUACUUUCCUAGUGCGAGAAAACAGUUCCGUUUUAGCGGUGUGGUGCGGAUUAUCACGUGCGACCAUUCUCCCGAAGUGUCUUUCGACAGUGCGAGUAUAUCGGACGGGUCCAUCUCGUCAACGUCUCCAUCAGCGGCGUCUUCUGAGUCUGUUUCGUCAAGUUCCGGUUUUGCAGAGGCCGAAAUUCCUAUAGUGGAGCUUGACAGAGAUUUCUACGCUGACAACCUGAAGGAUUCGGGUAUCUACAACGAGCUGACAUACCAUCUGGUAUCACCUACCCAGGCCAAAAACAUCGAGAGCAUUUCUGAUUUUUCGCAGCAACCACCAACACUGGCGCCUCCAACCAAAGCCGAGUGGCAGAAUGAGAGGCUGAGAAUAUGGAAGGGGCUCUCAAGAACCAUGAGAGGAACUUUCAGACAACCCACUCCGGGGUCGAGACUCACGCCUGAGAGACAGAAACUGAUUGACUCUAUAAGCCGCGGUGUUGAUGGCGGAUCGCAAGAGCAGGAUAAUUUUGUCGUUGUGUGUAUGUUCGUGAACACUGUUGAUACUGUUGAUAUGGGUGUUGGUCCUGGAAGAAGAGUGCUGUACAAGAGAGAUAGAGUUGAUCACUGGAAAGAGUUUGAGGUGUGUCCAUAA